AUGACAAUGAAAAUGACCGACAAGAAGCAUGAAGUAUUAAUACCACAUAAGGCUGAAGAAUUUCGAAAGCAGGAAUAUUGGGAUCAAUUCUUUCAAAAACGAGGUGAAAAGGCCUUUGAAUGGUAUGGUGAUUAUACUUCAUUGCGUCAUCAACUCGAGACAUUAGUGGGCUUACCACAUGAUGCGUCUGCGUCACUAUUGUACCGUCUGAAAUCUAAAGUACGUGUUCUAGUCGUUGGUUGUGGUAAUUCGACACUAAGUGCGGAUUUAGUAGCCGAUGGUUUCUCGACUUUAUUGAGUGUGGACUUUAGUGAGCGUGUUAUUGAUGAAAUGCGUCGAAAAGAACCGACAUUGCAAUGGCAAGUGAUGGAUAUGACCAACAUGGAGAUGCUAGAGGACGAAAGUUUUGAUCUUGUGAUGGACAAAGGUGCUUUGGAUGCACUGAUGGCAGAAGAUACUGCUGAAAUCAAGGAAGAUGCUUCUAAGAUGCUGCGUGAAGUGCGACGUGUGUUGGCUCCAGGUGGACGUUAUUGCUGUGUCACUAUGGCCCAGAACUUUAUCCUGCAGCAUCUGCUUGACUUUUUCCUUACUGCAAAGGACGACACGAUGACGUCAUGGACUGUUGACGUGCAGGAGCUUUCGCAAGAAGCGCGCAAACCUUUUGUACCGUUCCUUGCGACGGCGCUGAAGUGUCGGAAGGUAGACAACAAGGUGCAAUACAAUGCCAAGCAGUUUGUAAGUAAUGAUGGCGAAGCGAAGCAGCGAUGGCUGACACAUGAAGUAGAAGCCACACAGUGGUUUGCAAUGACGCAGGCGGCAUUGCGUCAACUCAAAGUUGGUCGACAGGAGGUCAUUGAGCUCAUUGCCAAUGACGAGCUGGACACGACUACCGAGGGCAUGGAUGAGCCUGGGACAUUGGAUCGCCAGGUAAACCCUAGAUUUACGCUGCGUCUCGUGGACGCCCACAUGCGCGGACCCAACGGAAGCUGCGCCGUUUUCCUUAUCCCGCAGGGCCGUGAGCAUGAGUGGAUGUUCUCGACUGAAGAAGGUGCAAGUGAGCUUGCAGCGGGAGCUGGAUUUAGCCGUCUAAUUCUUGUUGCGCUUGGUCGUGGUGGUCAUGCCUUUGAAAGUACUGCAAAGGUGCAGGAAGAGCUGAACGCCAAGGUCAUGGAGCUGGCCCCUGAGACGCUUGGUGUUGAUGAAAUGAUUCCCUACUUGACAGUGCAGGAAGGUCUUGGUGAGCGUAACAUCGUGCAUCAGGGCACGUCACCGCUCAGCGGUGCUUUCUUCGUGGAGGAGGUACAGGAGGACGGCAACCUGCUUCGCCGUCUGGUGUUCCUUAGCAAUACAAAUGUCAUCCAGAGUGAGGUCAAGCUACAGAGGUGUGAAAGCGCUACCCUCGUUUCUUCUGCUGCUUCUGGCUCCCUUCAGACUUCACCAAAUAACGAAGCCAAUGACAUGACCACCGAAGAAGCCGCGGCCGCUGCCAAGAAGAAGAAAAACAACAAGAAGAAAACGCAAAAGAAAAAAAAAGAAAGCCAAGGCGAAGCAGGCGCGUCGUUAUCAUCACGACCGGUUCCCGACGCGCUGCAUCGCACGUUGGUACUUGGCCUUGGCGGUGGCUGCCUGGCGCAGUACCUGCACGAUAACAUCCCAGGCAUGGAUGUAACAGCAUGCGAGCUGGACCCGACAAUCGUGACAGUCGCCGCGCAGUAUUUUGGUUUUUGUCCGGACCAACGGAUGCGCGUGGUGGUUGCCGAUGCACUUGAGUAUGUAGCAGAGCAAUCUACGGCGGCGGAAAAACCUUAUUUUGACUCCAUUAUUGUGGACGUCGAUGCAAAGCAGCGAGAUGUGGGCAUGAGUUGUCCACCUGUUAGCUUCGUUGAGGUUGCAUUCCUCGCUCACGUGCACACGCUGCUUGCUCCUCGUGGUGUGCUGCUUAUCAACGUUUCCUGCCGCGAUAGCGGACUAUACAAAGAUAUCAUAACGCAGCUACAACGUGUGUUUACAGGUUCCAGUGCUGUGUUAGCACUGAAGCCCAGUGAGCAAGACGUCAAUAGUGUUGUGUUUGUCCGCAAGGCGGACGCAAAGGAGCCCGAUGCCAAGAUAUUGUUGCAACAGCUGCAUAAUCAGGGUCACCGGCGUGGCAAAACCAAAAUUGCGCCUCGUUACGUCGACGACGAGCUGUCCGAGCUCAUUCGCGACAUUAAGAUUACCAAGUAG